UGAACUGUCGAUCCUAACCCUGCCAUUUGGUUCUUUGGCUCUUUGGCUCUUGUAGUGAGGUUCCUGGGGUUUAUCUUGGCUUUCCGUGCCGAUGUGAUCCAGAUUACUUUCUAGACUUACCUCUUUUAAUCCUCCAGUCGACAAGCGAGGUUAUCGGGUUGUUUUAAGUAAAACACAGUUCAGCAUCCCAAUCACACCAGUUCAUCGCCGUCAGAUUCGAAAUGGCCGCUCAAGCAGCAAACGAAAGCUUUAUUGAUAUCACCAUUACGGCCUUCUCGUCACCCGAACCUGAUAAUCAACGAGGACGGAAACGCCGGCGCAGCCCGCCAGAAACUUUAGCAGUUGCAGCAGCUCGAAUACCGUCAGCAGAGUCUGCUACUUUCCGUGGACGAUGCAGGCACCGUUCAUCUUCGAGGCUCGAUAUAUCCAGAAACACAUCACGACUCAGAGGAGGGUCCUUAUCUCCAACCCGCAAAAAGUUGAUUCGUGUUGUUCAACUGAACCGUCAUCGAAGUCAAUCACCAUCUAGAUCCCGCUCUCCGACUACACAGGAGGCUUCGAAGAGAAGACGGCAAAGAACACAGAGUCGAGGUCGAAAUCACGAUGUCGAGUCAAAUAAAGUUAUUGAGCCUAUUGUUGCUUCAUUCCUCCGCCAUGAAAUCGUGAUCAGGGGCGACAGUCCGUCUCAGAAAUCGAAGCAGAAUGGAUAAUACGGUCAGAGCUUGAGAGUUAGGAUUCUGAAUACUACAGUCUACAGAUCCAGCAAUGGCUACGCCUACACAAGGCAUGACAUUGGAACAAUGUGAUGCUGUAUUAGGUUACUGCAACCGCCAAGCAUCGUACAACAAAAGCAUUACUGGGUACCCGACCCUAAAGGGCUGGCUCAAAGGUGACAAAGUCAAUACGUUACCUCUAAUAGUAUUAAAAAGUUAGUGGUGGGAACAGGAAGCUUGCUUAAUCCACCUGUAAACUAAAAGCAACAGGAUAUCGGUGCAUCAUUUAUCUACUUGGAUGGAAAAGGGAGAGGAUAUGACAAAAUACGGAAUGAGACCAAUAUAAAAAUCUUAUGUAUGUUAACUAAUAGUAGGUAUGUAAUUGGAAAUCAUAAUUGGAAAUCAAGAUAAGAAAGAUUAGUUCAAGGUAUCAGAAGCCUCAAGACAGGCAAAUAACAAGUCCGGGGAUGCGGACACGACUAUGGAUUGGUGCCAAGAGACCCACGGCGACGAUGCCUGCAUCUGCAUCAGGUUAAUUGGGUCUUUUUAGAUCUGCGGGGCACGUGGCCUGGGGAGUACAGAGGUGAAAAGUGAAAGACGGGCUGGAUGGGCUGGACGGGUUGAGAUUAGUGCGCUCAGCUGGUCAGCAGACCAAUCAAGCAUUUUUCAGUAUUCGUUUUUGAUUUGCGACGCGUCAGGCAGUUAGCAGUGAGGGAGGCAUCUCAGGUAGUAGUAAG